AGUAAGCGGCUGAAUCAUACACAGGUAACUCAGAAAAUAGCGAGGUACAUUUUUUUUCUGGGCUUGUCAUGGAGUUAGCGUGAAAGAAAACAGGGAUUUUUUUCCAAUUUUCUUUACCAGUUAAACCAGUAUCUCUGGAUAGAACACGCUCAAAUUCUUGAUCAGGUAGAGUCUUUGGUCGAAAUCUCUUUCGUGUACUCUUGAAAGUAAUCUUUCUUUCCCCCUAUUCGUUUACUUGACUUCAAUUGAAUUUCCAGACCUUUUGUUUGCUUCUCUUAUCACUGGAAAAAGGUGGACCUCGUGUUAUUUUUAUUUCAUCUUUGCUUUUAAUUGUAGUUUUUACCCUUGUGGUCCCUGAUGGCUUCGCACAGUGAUACUCUGGUGGUGUUCUUUGGGGCAACAGCUGGUGCAAAUGGGGGUAAACUGGGUUCGGAUGAGAGGGAAAUAAUUCUCUUGGUGUGGCAAAUUGUGGAUCUACAUGAGAAAAAGGUUGGGAAACUUCAGAGACGUCUUGUGAAGCCCGACUCUUUGGAGUUGACAGACCAGAGUAAAGAGGAGACUGGACUGUCUGUGGACGAACUCUACAAGGCUGAACCUCUGGACAAAGUUCUGCAACAGUUCCAGCAGUCCGUCUCAGCGGAGUUGAAGGCUCUGGGCAGAAGCUCCUACACACUGUGUGUCGACGGGCCCCUCAUCAUACGACAGGCCCUUCACCCUGAGGCCUCCAAGAAGAACCUGGUCCUGCCGGAGUGUUUCUACUCCUUUGUGGAUGUGAGGAAAGAGUUUCACAAAUGUUGUCCCAAUGCUGGACAGGUCCAGGACCUAACGCUGCCCUCUAUCCUAGAAUAUGUGUGCAUCCCAGAACUUCCCCUGUCAGAGCAGGUGAUGGGGCUGAAGGAGGUGAGGUGUAUGGUCCAGCUCACCCUGCACAUCCUGGCUGAGCCAUACAAUCACAAAUUCUCAUGCUUUGAAGCUGUGAAGUACAAGCUUGAAUCGGGAGCAUGCAGUAAGACCGAACCAGUGGACAGUGAGACAGUGAUCAGAGCCAGGGGGUUGCCAUGGCAAUCUUCUGACCAGGACAUCUCCCGCUUCUUCAAGGGCCUCAACAUCGCCAAGGGUGGUGUGGCCCUCUGUCUGAACGCCCAGGGCAGGAGGAACGGUGAAGCCCUGGUUCGGUUCAUCAACCAGGAGCACAGAGACCUGGCCCUGGAGAGACACAAACACCACAUGGGCAGCAGAUACAUUGAGGUAUACAAAGCCACAGGAGAGGAAUUCCUCAAGAUUGCUGGAGGCACGUCCAACGAGGUGGCCCAGUUCCUGUCCAAGGAGAACCAGGUGAUCAUCAGGAUGAGGGGUCUUCCAUUCACCGCCUCUCCCCAGGACGUGUUGACCUUCCUGGGGACCGACAGCCCCGUGACGGACGCCAGCGACGGCCUACUUUUCGUAAAGUACCCUGACGGGCGGCCCACAGGCGAUGCCUUCGUCCUGUUCUCCUGUGAGGAGUACGCUCUGAACGCUCUGAAGAAACACAAGCAGAUCCUGGGCAAGAGAUACAUUGAGCUGUUCAGAAGCACUGCAGCGGAGGUCCAACAGGUCCUGAACCGUUACAUGUCCACCCCUCUGAUCUCCACGCUGCCCUCUUCCAUGGUCCCCAUGCCGGUCUUGGCCACGCCCCCCUACCUGGCAACUGGCAGCACGCGGGACUGUGUCCGUCUGCGAGGUCUACCCUACACCGCUGCUAUAGAGGAUAUACUGGAGUUCAUGGGAGAACACACUAUUGAUAUUAAACCACAUGGAGUUCAUAUGGUGCUCAACCAACAGGGUCGUCCCUCAGGUGAUGCCUUCAUUCAGAUGAGGUCAGCUGACAGGGCGUUCAUGGUGGCCCAGAAGUGCCACAAGAAGAUGAUGAAGGACCGCUAUGUGGAGGUGUUCCAGUGUUCUACUGAGGAGAUGAGCUUCGUCCUGAUGGGAGGAACACUCAACCGCAGCGGCCUGUCCCCUCCACCCUGCAAACUACCCUGUCUGGCUCCUCCAGCCUAUGCUGCGUUCCCUUCUCCUGCCAUGCUCUCUGAGGCUGCUCUGUACCAGCCCCCCCUACUGGCCACCCCCAGAACACCCCAGCCCCCACACAGCCCCCACCCCACCCCCACCCUGGCCUACUACCCCCCACAGCACCACCCUGCACAGCUCUACAUGAACAUGAACAUGAACUACACUGCAUACUACCCCAGCCCCCCAGUCUCUCCCUCCACGAUGAGCUACUUUGCGUCUCCUCCAGGGUCAGUAGCGUUAGCGGCCCAGCAGCCCCAUGCCCAAGGCCACGUUGCCUCUCCCAUGAUGCCCCAGCACGGCGCUCUAGUUAGGAUGCAGGGUCUGCCCUACAACGCCGGGGUCAAAGACAUCCUCAGCUUCUUCCAGGGAUACCAGUACUCUCCUGAAGACUACAGCAGCAUGAUUCAGAUGAGUCAGGGACAGACCAGGAGUCUGAUCCAGCCCAAAGAGUGGCUCUGUCUGUAGGGAGACUAAGCUCCAGCCGGAUGCCGUACUCCUGUUGUACAACUUCAGCGGCCAGCGUAGCGGCGAGGCCCUGAUCACCUUCCCCAGCGAGGAGUCAGCCAGGCGGGCCGUGGCCGAGCGCGCCAACCACCCCCUGUCUGGUCUCCCCGUCCACCUGCUGGUGUGCUGCGACUGACCUCCACCAGCUGACCGCGAACAUGGAGGGAGGAGUCGAGGACCGCAACCGCUGAUUCCGCUUCUCCCUCGUCACCUCCUCUCCCUCCACUACUGAUAAACACACACACACACACCUUCCCACAAACAAUCUGCUGACUCUCCUCCCUCUUAGCCUCUUUCUCACGCUCCCUCUCAACAUUCAUACACAGAUUGACAGACACCUCUCCCCACAGCACUAGGUUGUACACAUAUUUAUAUAUGAUGCACAUCCUCGUUCCUGUGUCUGGCAUAAAGUGCCUUGUGUGAAUACUUCCACAACAGCCACUGACGAUGCCAAUGAAAUGUACCACUCACCUAAAGCAUGAAACCACUUCUCCCCUUAUUUUAGCUAAAUGACCACUACAGCCCCACUAUAUGAGAUGUUCAUACCUUCAAAAUCCCUAUUCCCCUGUGUCUGGUUUGUCAGUCUGAAAACACUACUGUAUGUAGCCUACCGUGUGCAUGUUUGCAAAAACUAUGUACUGUAUGCAUGUUAAUUGUAAAUGAUGUGCCUUCCAAUGCUGGGCUGUACAGUGUAAUAAUAGAUAAGAGCCAUAUAGACUGACUGGACCUGAAACUACUACUGUAGUGGAUAGAAGGGAAAUCAGACGCUCCUUCUACUACUCCCUUUUGUAAAACUAGAAAAGACAAGGCCACUAUGUACAGUAGUGAGAUCGACAGUAACAUGCUGGAUGCUGAGCUUAAUGGCAGCUACUUGUGUAACAGUGUUUGUUUCUGCUGUGAAAGCAUUUGUAUGGCAUGCCAUUCUAUUUAGAAUAUGUCCAAGCACUCUUUGUUACAAUCAGACUAGGUUAAGGCUCAAGUAGCCGAAGUCUCAUUUAGUUCUGUAGUAUACUAGCAUGACAAAUAUUGAUUCUUUGUUUAAUCCAAAAAAAACUCUUCCUAAAAGUGAAAAGAGUUGGCUGUUGGUCUGCAUGAUCUUUAAGCAAUAUCCUUUAUCCCUAAAGAGAGUAGAUCUCUGUGCCAUCUCUGUUUUCUUCCAGACUAUAUUUUAUAGAAAACCGCGGUCUUCUGCAGCAUGCUUUCCAUUCUCCCUUGUUUUUGGACCGACAAACAGUAUAAAUAAAUAUAUAUAAAUAAAAAAAAUGCAGAAUAAGUUGUUCCUGUGACUGGGCUGCUGAGAACACUAGUGUCUGGUUUCUCAUCUUCGCUGUGCUUAUAUUACCCAGAGUGCAAUAGCAGCCCCCUCUGUGGCUUGGCUGACCUCUGGUGGCAGAUGGAUUUUGUUGUUUCUUUUAAGCAAGUUUGAGACUUGACUUGUAUGAAUUUAACUACUGUAUGUGUAUAUAACUGUUUGAAUAAAUACAUGAAACUUUA